AUGUAUCUCUUGGCUGUAAUUGGCAAUGGCCUUGUUACAGCUGUGGUAGCCUGUGACAGACAGCUUCAUCAACCCAUGUAUGUCUUCUUGGCCAUGCUGGCACUCAAUGAUGUCCUCCUGUGUACCGUCACAGUACCCCAGAUGCUUCUUAUCUUCUGGAAGGGGCCUUCCCUGACUCCGUUUGCUGCCUGCCUCACACAGAUGUUUUUCGUUCAUGCUCUGUUCCUCUCCGAAUCUGCUGUCCUGCUGGCCAUGGCUUUUGAUCGCUAUGUGGCUAUCUGUACACCACUGCACUAUGCAACCUUGCUCACAGGCUCUCUCAUUGGUAAAGUGGGCCUCAUUCUGGUAGCUCGGAGUAUAAUUGUUGUCACCCCUGGUGUCCUUCUCAUUCUUCGGCUACACUUCUGCCGAAGCAACAUCAUCCACCACACCUACUGUGAGAACAUGGGCAUUGCCAAGUUGGCCUGCAAUAGCAUUGCCCUUAAUAGUAUUUAUGGACUCAGUGCCGCUCUCCUCACCACAGGGCUGGACUUUGUCUUCAUCUCUCUUUCCUACUGGUUGAUCUUGAGAACAGUCCUGCAAUUGCCGUCAAGGGAGGCACGGACAAAGGCCUUUGGAACCUGUGGAGCUCACAUAUGUGUCAUCUUGGUAUUCUACACUCUGGCUUUCUUUUCUUUUUUUACUCAUCGUUUCGGGCACCGUGUGCCCAGGCAUACCCUUAUCCUCCUGGCAAACCUCUAUUUACUGGUGCCACCUACUGUGAACCCGAUUGUUUAUGGAAUAAAGACCAAAGAGAUAAGGGCGAGGGUGCUAGGACUCCAUUGUCAAACCAGAUGA